UCCAUUCAUUCACAGGUUUUUGCAAUGCAAAGACCUUUUUUGAAGUUUUGAUAAAAUAAUAUCAUGUUACUUACAAAGAUAUUAAAAAUCUAAUAGCUUUAUUUAUUGCCCUAUAAUUUACUAAUUACAUUAGAAUAAUAUAAUUGUUGUGUUCAGUCGCAUGCAGCAGUACGACAAUGGGUGGGUUGUUUGGUAAACACAAGAAGCCAGCAAGCAGAGUUACUGAACAAGACAAGGCAGUGCUACAAUUGAAACAACAGAGAGAUAAAUUGAAACAGUACCAGAAGAAAAUAGAAUUAAACCUCGAAAGGGACCGACAGUUAGCGAAGAAACUCUUGAAUGAAGGUAAACGGGAAAAAGCAAAACUAUUGCUCAAGAAGAAAAGAUAUCAGGAACAACUACUGAAAAACACAGACACGCAAUUAGAAAAAUUGGAACAGCUUACUCACGAUAUCGAGUUCGCCCAGAUAGAGAUACAGGUGCUUGAUGGUUUGAAAGUAGGAAAUGUAGCACUGAAAAAGGUUCAUGAUAUUCUUAACAUCGACGAAGUUGAAAAGAUUCUUGAUGAAACUAAGGAAGGCAUUGAGAAACAAAGAGAGAUAGAUGAACUUAUAUCGGGACAACUGACAGAAGAAGAUGAGGAAGCUGUUGAAGCUGAGCUAGAAGAGAUUCUGGAUGUGUCUGAUAAACUACCAAACGUGCCAGAAGACAAACUGCCUCAAAUUCCAGAAGAAAAAGUUGCAGACAAACCGAGAAAGGCUAAGGAAAGUCCAGUAGCAUUGGAAGCAUGAUAUAACUAUUAUUAUUAAUAAUGUAAAUAGAGGCCAUAAGAAUAAACUAUAUUUUUAAUAAAUCAA